AUGAGCGCCACGACUACAAUCACCGCUCCUCCCAGAAUCACUGCGGAGAAUGUUGCGACUCUCUUCCCUGAAGUCGAUACUUCUCUGGCCCGCGAAGUCCUCCCCACCACUUCGACCGACUCGGCGCGCGACAGUAACGAUCUGGCGGGCUACGAUGAGGAACAGGUCCGUUUGAUGGAUGAGGUGUGUAUUGUUUUGGAUGAUGAUGAUAAGCCCAUUGGCAGUGCCAGCAAGAAGGCUUGCCACUUGAUGACCAACAUCGACCGAGGUCUCCUCCACCGUGCCUUUUCCGUCUUCCUCUUCGACUCCAACAACCGUCUGCUGCUUCAGCAGCGCGCUUCGGAGAAAAUCACUUUCCCCGACAUGUGGACGAAUACUUGCUGCUCUCACCCCUUGGGAAUUCCCGGUGAGACGGGCGCUGAGCUGGACGCUGCUGUUUUGGGUGUGAAGCGUGCUGCGCAGAGGAAGUUGGAGCACGAGCUUGGUAUCAAGCCCGAGCAGGUGCCGAUUGACAAGUUUGAGUUCUUCACUCGGAUACAUUACAAGGCGCCUAGUGAUGGGAAGUGGGGUGAGCAUGAGGUCGAUUAUAUCCUCUUCAUCCAGGCCGAUGUCGAUUUGAAUGUCAGCCCCAACGAAGUCCGUGACACGACAUAUGUCUCCGCCGACGAAUUGAAGAAGAUGUUCGAGAAGCCCGGUCUCAAGUUUACGCCGUGGUUCAAGCUGAUCUGCAACUCGAUGCUGUUUGAGUGGUGGAGUCACCUUGGCUCUGCUUCUCUGGACAAGUACAAGGGAGAGACGCAAAUCCGUCGCAUGUGA